CAAAAGGUUUGAAUAAUUAUUUCAAUAAUCAACACUUGCAAUGGUUUACUAUGUUAGACAUACCCAUUCUCAUGGGGGCCAUGAUGAUCACGAUGAAGAUGAAGAACUUGUUUGUUCCUCUGGUAAUGAUUAUAAUGGUGAGAUGUUAGGAGCUAGAAUUUCCUCUAUAUUUGUUAUCUUAGCAGCUUCUGCUAUUGGAUGUUACUUCCCAUUGAUUGCAAAAAGAUAUAAAUUUUUAAAAAUCCCUGAUUGGUUCUUUUUUGUAACAAGAUUUAUUGGUAGUGGUGUUAUUAUUGGUACAGGUUUUGUUCACUUAUUGGUUGAGUCAAGACAUGCUCUUACCAAUCCUUGUUUAGGAGAAUUUCUGGAAUACGCAUGGACGGAAGCUAUUGCUUUAAUGGGAAUAUUCGUCAUGUUUUUAAUUCAUAUAUUUGGACGUAAAAAAUUAGAAAACAUUUAUGGGCAUUCAAGUAUUCUGAUGGAACAAAGUUCUACAGAAUCUAAUGAAAAGGGUGAAGAACAUAUUGUUCAAAAUGUUGAAGAAGAAAGUAAAACAGAUUACUUGAGAAUUAUGAAUGUUUCACUUUUAGAAUUGGGAAUUGUCCUUCAUUCGAUUUUUGUUGGUUUGACAUUAGCUGUUACUGGUAGUGAGUUCAAAACUUUAUACAUUGCUAUUGUAUUUCAUCAAUUCCUUGAAGGUGUAGGUUUAGGUUCAAGAUUUGCAAUGUAUAGAUGGCCUCCCAAAAAGACUUAUUUACCUUGGGUAUUAUCAUUAGUUUUCACUUUGAGCACUCCAAUAUCUACUUCAAUUGGUCUUGGUCUUAGAAAUACUUAUCCACCUGGUUCUAGGACUGCUCUCUACAUUACUGGAGUUUUUGAUGCUUUCUGUGCUGGAAUUAUGAUUUACAGUAGCUUGGUAGAUUUAAUUUCCCACGAUUUCUUCUAUUCUGAUGAGUUUGACUACAAGAACAAAUUCAAGAAAGUAUUAUUUGGCUACGGUCUUCUUGCUAUUGGUGUUCUUAUUACUGCUUAUAUAGGUAAAUACGCAUGA